GUGACAGAUUUCUAAUCCACAGAACACACUAUUUCCACAAGCCCCUUCCCUCAUCCUCACUUCAUAUCUCAACACCUCUCUUUCCUCAUUCCUCUCCAACCACCACCGCCAUGGCAGCCGCAACCACCACCCUCACCGGCACCAUGGCCAGCACCUCCUUCCUCCGCCCCCAACACACCACCACCACCUCCAUGAAACCAUCCGUCAUGUUCGGCCUCAAGUCCUCUAACCGCGGUGGAGUGACCAUGAUGGCCACCUACAAGGUCACCCUGAUCACACCCGAAGGAAAGUCUGAGCACGACUGCGCUGAUGAUACCUACAUUCUUGACCAUUGUGAAGAAGCUGGUGUUGAUUUACCAUACUCAUGCAGGGCCGGUUCUUGCUCCUCAUGCAUCGGAAAAGUUAUCUCCGGCACCGUUGACCAGUCUGACCAGAGUUAUCUUGAUGAAGACCAGAUUGAAGCUGGGUGGGUGCUCACUUGUAUGGCUUAUCCAACUAGUGAUGUUGUUAUCGAAACCCACAAGGAGGAGGAGCUCAUUGGUUAACUUCUUUUUAUAGAUUUGUAUUGAAUAAUAAAUUUAUGUGGUGGGUUUGGUUUUAUGAAGAUGCAUUGUAUGGUAUCGUAUCGAAGAGCUUUUUCCCCUGAUGACUGGGAAAAUUACUUACUAAAAUGGUGUUUCUUAGAAAUUAUUUACUAAAUUGAUGUUUUUUAUUUAUUUUU